CGGGAUCCGGGUGGCUGCGGGCAGCGGCGGUGGUAGCGGCGGCGGCUGCGGGGUCGGUGUCGCGGCUGGGUUUAGGCCGCAGCGAUUUCGGAGGAGGAACGCCCGUGGGCAGCGCCCCCCCCCCCACGCGAGGUGACCCCUUCCGAGGGACCGCACCCCGCCCCGCACCUCCGCGUCCCAGCAGGGCUCCAGCCGCCCCCCCCCCCCCCGGAGGCUCUCUGCCAAGAUGGCAUCAGCCGGAGACCCCCCAACAGGCCCGCGAGAUGCAGCCGACCAGAACUUCGACUACAUGUUCAAACUGCUGCUCAUUGGCAACAGCAGCGUGGGCAAGACGUCCUUCCUGUUCCGCUAUGCGGACGACUCCUUCACACCUGCCUUUGUCAGCACCGUGGGCAUCGACUUCAAGGUCAAGACGGUCUAUCGCCAUGACAAGAGGAUCAAGCUGCAGAUCUGGGACACGGCGGGCCAGGAGCGCUACCGCACGAUCACCACAGCCUACUACCGCGGAGCCAUGGGCUUCCUGCUCAUGUAUGACGUUGCCAACCAGGAGUCCUUCACCGCCGUGCAGGACUGGGCCACCCAGAUCAAGACCUACUCCUGGGACAAUGCUCAGGUGAUCCUUGUGGGGAACAAGUGUGACCUGGAAGAUGAGCGGGUCGUGUCUACUGAGGAUGGCCGGAGGCUCGCCGAUGACCUUGGUUUUGAGUUCUUUGAGGCCAGCGCCAAGGAGAACAUCAACGUGAAGCAGGUCUUUGAGCGCCUGGUGGACAUCAUCUCUGGUCGAAGAUGCUUCGUGGUCUUCCUCCUGCAGUGUGGGUCCUCAGAGUUCAUCCCUGGGGAGGUGGAAGGUGAGUCCUUUCUCAGGGUCCCCUGGUGUGGUCCCAGGCCCACUCAUGAACCUCCUCGGACCUCAAGCUUCCAAGGUGGGGAGGUGAUUUUAGCCUUUACAGACCCUUCCCUACCGGCCUGCAGAUCCUGUGCCUGUGAAAGCAGUAUUAAAGCAGCUUUUCCCAUAGUAAAGGGGCAGGGAGUCAGAGGCCCACACCCUCCACCGGCUUCAGGGACCCCAGAAGUGCCUUCUGAGCUUCCCCAGGAUUCCACAUCACCCACACCCCCGCCACUGUUUUGGCUUAUCCACUGCAGCAUCUCUGAUCCCUGGAUUGAAUUCUGGAACCAUGGGCUGCAUCAGACUGGGCAGAGAAUGGCCCAACCCGUGGCGUUCCUGCUCGGGACUUCUUGCAGGGAGUUAAUCUCAGAGCCAGGAGCCCCGGACCUCCCGCCCCUUCCUGCCUCUCCCAGGCCCCAUUUAGCUGGUGAUGUUUUAAGCAAGGUCUUUCCACAUCUUCCAUCCUGCUAGAAAAGGAAAUUGAGCAAUGUUCCUAUCACCUGCUCUUGCUGGCGACUUGCCAAUAGAAGGACUCGGGCUCCUACCCAUCAAGGACCCUUGAAGACCCAGAGUCCUAUUUCCUGAGCCACGUCAUUGGUGGGGCCCAGACAGGUGAUGUUUCCUACUAAGGGAGGAGUGAAUCUAAGGGAGGCUAUAGGGUUGGGCUGAAGGGGCAAGAAAGCAGGAUUGGGUAAUUACUGUUGCUACAUGUGUUUCACGGACACAGCUUGGGAGUGGCAGGCUGAUGGGGAUGGGCUGGGAAUCAGUCUCCCUGGUUGACACACGAUCAGGGAGCCCACAAGGCUGGGGUCCCCAGCUGGCGGGGGCUUCUGCUGGGAGAUUAUGUGCAGUCUGGGGAUCUCCAUCUUGCUCUCCACCCCCCCCCCCACCCCAGCUCAGUGUUCUUCCUGCCCACCCAAGGCCAAACUCCAGUGGCAUGGCACCCAUUUGUGCCCCAGAAUACCGACUAACAUCCAUAAUUUGACAGACACUGUGAAGAUGGUCUAAACAGAUGGUUUGUGUACGCCCCCAGCCCCUGCCACCAAAAUGACUUGCUGUAGCCUUAAAGAUCUCAGCCUCCUCCUCCUGCAAGUGAGGAAGAUCUGGUUCAAGUGGAACUUCGCUCUUAACCUUUAUAGAAGCUCUACUUCGAAUUUAUUUCUAGAGAGCCCCAUUCAUCCCUUACCAAGCGCUGCCCUUAGAGCUUCAAAGUGAGGGUAUCUGUGAGCCAGCAAGCCAGGUGACUGGUGAAAUGGACAAGUUUCUGGAAACAUACAGUGAGUUUGGGGAAUGUUUGGGGGCAGGAGUCAAAAAUGUUAGUUGCGUUAACAUAAAGGGGAAAUGAAAGGAGCUAUUAAAAAACAAAACAAAACAAAACCUGUUAAGAUGCACCAUAGGCUGUCAAGAUUCUGUGGGCCACCCCAUUUUCCUUAAGCUGCUUGCCAAAAAAAAAAAAAAAAAAGUGGUUCAAAGUGCCAUUACCUAAGGGAUGAGCCAACUUGUCAUAGCCCGCAUGAUAAAAAACAGCUUUGGCUGUGCCUUGUACCUGACGUGAGGUAAGACUUGUGUUUACACAUGAUUUUUGAACAGUUGAGCUUUAAGUAGCAACUGAGACAACUAGCUGCCUGUGGGUUUUCUCAAAAUUGGGAAUAAUGUAGGAGAGGGUUUUUUGUUGUUUCUUCUAAAAAUAAUGCAAGUUUUUAUCAUUUUGGGUGGGAGGCUUCACUCACGAUGGUCUCUGGGGAACUAAAACCACUGUCCUGGGAGAUCAUGUUGGGGGGUGGUGAUGCCUGGUCAGAGGGAUGGAGAUUUGUUGAGUUUCCAAACAAAAAUGAAGCCAAAGGCUGCGGGAAAACCACUUCUCAACUCCAGGGAGACCGGAGUCUGGGAAGGGAGCCUGAGGCUGGGUCCUAUAUUCUCACCAUUUGCUUUUAGCAGCUCAUCUUUCCACUGCCAUGACCACGGUUUGGGGUUGGGGGGUUGGGGUUCUGCUUUUUCCUUUUCUUUCUUUCUUUGGCCUCCCCAGAGAUCACGUUCUUGUAAGUAAGGGGUGAAAUUUGGUCUCGGCGUUGAAGUGCUAAUUCCACGAGCUGGCUUCUUCCCUGCGAUCCCAAAACACUAUGGAGUGAGCUCUCGACUCAGUCAUUUAUGUACUGGAUGUGGUCCUGCUGUGUAAGCGAUUCCUUGAUGUCCACUUGGGAAGACGAGCACUUUUAUCCACAAGAGAAAAUAAAGCCGUUGUGCCCCGA